AUGGAUGCGUCGGCGGAGUUUGGAAGGAGCGCGCGUAGCGCCGUGCAUGGAGAGAUGGCGAACAGGUGGUCUCUGGCUGUCUGCUCUGCUCCCAGUUUUCCUGCCCCUUCCCCCAACUCCUACUCCCCUCGCGGCGGCGUGUCGGCGCUGGUGUCGAAGGGCCUGGCCAGCAUGGGCGCGCACAUGGCGUCCGGGUACAGCCGCGUCGUCGGCGUGCACCUCGCCAUCAACCACUUCCGCAGCGCCGCCCUCGGCGACGUCGUCCUCGCGCGCGCCGUCCCCGUCCACCUCGGACGCUCCACCCAGGUGUGGGAGGUGAAGCUCUGGAAGAUGGACCCGUCGGAGAAGGGGAAGAAGGGCCCGCAGAUCGCCGAGUCCAGGGUCACUCUGCUCUGCAACCUGCCUGUGCCGGACAACCUGCACCACGCCGGCGACGCCCUCAAGAAGUACGCCGCCGGAGCUGCAUCAACAACCACCCCCACCAGCAAACUGUAG